AUGCUGUACUGUAAGACGUGGAAAGUUGAACAAGCAACUGCUGCAAAGAAACUAUCUUGUAACGGUCGUACUUGUCUAACAUGUGGUAAAUGUCGGGAUUGGCGAUUUACCGGCGAUGUGGCAACUUGGAACUGGAUACAGAAUUAUAAGAAUUGGGGUAACGACGAUUGGAAGCGCUGGCGUCGUGGUCGUAUGUGGAAACAUUAUGAACGUGAGGAUGGUGCAACGUGUACUAGUGUUAGUCGUGGUCCUGGUAAUACUUAUGAUGAUCCUAUUUUUGGUGGUCAUCAUGUUGUUCAUAAUAUUGAUUUCGGUGUUGGCCUUACAAUUAAGGCUAGUCAUGAUUUCGUUUUUGUUGGUGACAAUAUUGCCGAUGAGAAUAAUAUCGUUUCUUCUCUUGGUGAUUUGUGUGUUUGCAAUGUUAAUAAUCAAUAA